AUGGACAUUAUCGUGGGAAGGAUGAAAAAGAACACUGUAAGUGAUAAGUUCUUACUAAUGACCUAUAGAAACUAUAGGCUAUUGAAGCCAUUUGUAUUCUAUGGCUUAAUGUGGACAAGAAAAAUACCAGCAAGAGCUCCCCCUAGCAAACAAUUACAACAACAAUGUCCAAUAAAAUCUAGUAUCCCCAAAGGAAUGGCAUUGUGGUGACGCACAGAUAUAUUACAAAUACUGAUUCAGGGGCAGUAAACCAUAGGUGCUUGGAAAGAAACAAUACACAGUACAUUGCACGGGAACCUCUUCUAGGGAGUUAACUCACAUUAUUAUAAAGGAUCUACAAACAGCAGUUCUCUUGUCCCAACAGCUGCACAUUCUACCACUUAGAAGGCGUCUGGGCAGCUGGCCCAUUUAAUAAAGACUUUGGUCAAGAAGGAUCCUAAAUGUAUAUAUUGAUGGGCUUGAUUUCCCUGCUAAGUAUGUUUCUGAAAGGUGAUAAUCACAGACCUCAACAAUUAGCAAGUCAGUUGAUCUUUGAAUACUCCAAUAUAUAAAUUAGGGGCCUUCCAGGAAUUUAUGUUGAUACUCAUCCAAACCAUCCUCAUCAGCUUCCAGUGAUGAGAGUACCAUUUAAUUGCAGGCAAGCAACUGCAGAUAGCAAUGAUGGGAGACGUAUUCAUGCAGCUAUUUUGGGUUCAUUUUUGGUGUGGUGGUCAGUCAGAGGUAGUUCUUACCAUAUGAUGGAUUGCUCAUUCACUAAAUGUGUUACUUUUCUUAAGUGGCCUACUGACAGAAAACCCUACAAAGUUGGUUUCUUUGAAACUGAGCAUAAGGAGAGGUCCUCUUUAUCAGCACAUUCUGUGCCCAGAUGAAGAUCUAUGAAGAUAUAUUUAGAGGCAGAGACUCUUUUCUUUCCUACAUCGCUAUUCUAACUACUGGACAAAACAGGGAAUCCUAGGUCUAUUAAGGCCAUAUGCCAGAGGGAAUGGAGUCUACAUUUUCAUUGCAACAGAACUGUUACUCAUACGCCCCCUUAUUGUGUAAACCAGAAGUGGCUAACUUGUGGCCUUCCACUUGGUAUGUUGGGCUGCCCUUGAAGAUGACUUGGAAACUUCAUCUGGUCCAAAAUGCACAGCCUGAUUACUAGCUGAGAAUGUGUAUAAGCUGUGUUGUAAAAUGCCUGCACUGGUUCAUGUAUGGGCUCAAUCCAAGGUACUCACAUUAGUGCUUAAAGUCCUGAAGGACUUAGGUCCCAAAUAUCUGAAAGACUGCCUCUAUCCUCUAUUGAGCCUUUGGGGCAUUAAAAUCCAUGUGGUAGUUCCAUGACCUCAGAGGUUCUGGCAGCUUGCGAGAGGGCCUUCUCUGUGGCAGCCCCUAUGGUUGUUUAAUAAAAUGGCACUAUAUUUAGCAAGAAGGUUUCUGUAGUGGAUUUGGUGCAUAGCAUUUGUCCUCCCAACUAUUUUCUUUUCUUCCAGCUAUUUUCACCUCAUGUAAGGAAGAAGCAUACAGACUGCUAAAGGUUGUUUUACAUCUUGGUAUUGUUUUGUGCUUUGAUUUUUUAAAAAAAUAAUAAUUGGAAUGAUUUUUUAAGGAACUGUCAGUAGGAUUUCGAUGCUGGUGUCCCAUAGAUGGCUUUGAAUGUCUCUCAGCUUUGAUGACUUCAUGUUUUGCAAAAGGGUUAGAAACAUUUUUAUUCUUUGCCUUACUAGCUGCGAGGGCUUUUAGUGCAGUGCUCCGGGUAAUUGUGUGUGUCUGAAAUAUUUAUAUGUUAGCCCAUUGAUCUCCGACAGCCCAUUUUGUAAUGCCUUUCAUCAUGUGACUGUUGGCUGUGAGGAACACCUGCUGAGCUGCGCUGUGCUUUGCACUGGCAUAUAAGGGUUCCUUCCUAUACUAACAUGUCAAUAUUAGCUACUGAACAGCUAGAACAAUUUCUGUUCAGAGAAAUUGCUAGUUCCGCUCUGUGUUUGGCAAAGUGCUAAAAAACAACAACAACAAACCAUGUGUGGGGAAGUUAAAUAAAUGGGUCUGGUGCAAUUGAGGGGUGGGGGAAGAGGUUAAGGGACCACUCCGCUGGUGCCAAAACCACUAUAUGAGGCCAUAAAAGGAUGUUAGACAUUAAUGCCCCAAUCAAGUUAAGGGGACUGGUAGAUAUUGGAAGGCUUCUGUAUAUACACUUCUUCCUGGAAAAAUGAGCAUGUUUGAUGCUCAUCCAACAGCCCGUUCGAUUGAAAAUGUUGUCUGUCUGCAGCACAUUGCUUUGAAUGGGCUACACCCUCUGGUACGUGUUUGAAUGCCACAUUCUUGUGCAAGUAGUUGCACAUUAAUACAGUUAUACCUCGGGUUACAGACACUUCAGGUUGCGUUUUUUGGGUUACGGACCUGCCGAAACCUGGAAGUACCAGAAUGGGUUACUUCCGGGUUUCAGCGGUCGCGCAUGCACAGAAGCGCUAAAUCGUGCUUUGCACAUGCUCAGAAGCACCAAAUCACAACCCACAGGUUGCAAACUCUGCGGGUUGCGAACGUGCAUCCCGCACAGAUCAUGUUCGCAACCCUAGCGUCCACUGUACCCUCCUUUCAUGCAACUAGAGCCGGAUCAGUGCCUCAGAGCUUCAAGUUUCUGACCAAACAGUAAGGUUUACAACAAAAUGGACAUUUAUCACCGUCUAUUUAACAUUGCCUUCGGCACAGAAUGAAACCUUCGGUUCAGGAUGCCAAACCAGUUAUCGCAUCUUGGCUUAAUUCACUUCACUCACUUACUCACUCACUCACUCCAUAAAAUAGACUUCUUGCAUUUGGCAGACUAAACAAGAAGUGAUGAGGCACUUAGAGAAAUUACAUUUCUACAUUAUUUCGUAAUAAGAUGUUAAUGAUAUAACAAUCAUACCACUCAUACAGUUUUGGUCCAUGGGAAACCACAUGGAUGAGUGUGAGGUUUGGAGAUGCCAGAGACCAGCAUCCUCUGACUGACAUGUUAAUGUAUCGAUGGCUCCCUGCGUGAGUAUAAAAACUUUUUAUGACAUUAUAUACAGCUUUUAUUAAUUCUUCAGCACUGGGUAACUCAGAGCCCAACAGUGUUAUCUAAAAUGACAAAUUAGAGAUCUUGGCUCAUCAUGCACUUUUUAAUUUCAUGCUUGUCUUCUGCAAAAUCUUCCGCUAUAUAUUUUACUUGCACAAAGCAUAGAUGCGGCACAAAGCUUUAAAAAGUUAUGGAUUAAAAUCUCAUUUGGAAUCAAUGGAAUUAUACAGGAGAAGCCUAUUGCCUCAUGUCCUGGUUAGGAGCUUUGCAGAAGCAACCGUGGGAGAUGGGAAACUAGAUAAUCCUCUGAUCCAGUCUAACAGGACUCUUGCGUUCUCCUAUCCUUUUGGUUCAGAACCCCUGUAAUACUAGCAAUCUCUUUGCUUUUGCUGAUGUACAUCUUUGUCCAACUCCACUUCAGGACACAUCCAGGAGAAUUGUGA